UAUAAAAGAAAUAGGGCUUUUUUAUGUACCAAGUUUCUGAAGACACUUUAUAACUAUUUUACGUUUAUUUUUUUCACCGAGUGUCUGACACUCGGCGUCCUCAUAUUAUUUGGCCUAGAAUUUGAAUAAUUUUAUGGUUUUUUUUUCACAAAUUGUUAAAAUAUAAAAACUAUAAUAUAUUAUAUUACAUAAAUAUUUGUAUAUCAGUUCAAAACUGCGCACAAAAGUCAGCUAUUAAAAUAUAAUUAAUUAUGUUCGGUUGUAGAACUCAUCACAUAUUUGAACCACCCAACAAUUGAAAAACUCUACUAUUUUUAAUUGUAAUCAUCUAGAUUAUUAAAAGUUGAACUAUGGCAAACGAAUUGCAGGACCUUCCAUUAUGGAUGACAGAAAAACCAGUUAUAAAUAAAACAAAAGAGUUUAUACAGUUUAAAGGACAAAUUAAACAGUGCAUAUAUCCAAAUAUGUUGGCUUCAUAUGCAGAGGAAAUUUUGAACAAGAUUGAGUCUAGUAAGAUACAUAAAGUUGUAUAUGGUUUUGAUAUGGAAUGGCCAGUAACUUAUAACCGAAAAUCAAAUAAAACUGCUCUUAUACAAAUUUGCAUUGACCAUUCCACAUGUUAUUUAUUUCAUGUAUAUCAUAUCAUUAAACUUCCAUCAAUAUUUGUUUACUUAAUUAAUCAUCCAAGAGUUAGAUGGUCUGGUGUAUGUAUUAAAAAUGAUUUUUUAAAGCUUGGAAGAGAUUUCACCGUUGAUGUUAGUGGCGCUUUAAGUAAUAUUAUCGAUUUAGGUACUUAUACAAACAAAGUUUUGGAUUUUGAUUCAUCUACUAUAUGGAGUAUGGCCAAUUUGGUUCAACAAUUAUUGAAAAAAGAUGUUAAUAAAGACGGAAAUAUUCGUAUAAGUAGUUGGGACAAUACAACUUUAGAUCAAAAUCAAUGUAUGUAUGCAGCAACUGAUGCAUUUAUAUCCUUAAUAUUGUAUGAACGUCUAAAAAAAUUUGAUAAAGAAGAUGAACUCCAGAUCAAUUAAACUUUUAAAAUUAGGGCAAAUGAGUUAUGACUCAUGUCUUGAAUUACAAAACCGUUUAUCAGAAUCUUUAAAAACAAAAACCAUUAAUAAAUGUGGUUAUCUUCUUAUUGUAGAACAUAAACCUGUUUAUACAGUAGGCAUUAGAC